UGUUCCAGAACGGCGCACGUAUAGAUCAAGAUCAGUGGUCUUUCGCGCAAGAGCGCCCUGACAGCAUGAACACCGGCUCGCGGAUGUCGGUGGUCGACACCCCCGGCGAUCCGUCCCCUCCUGGCGUCGAUGAGCAAGAAGCGACUCUGCGCAAGCUGAAGAGCUACCUGGACAGUGUCCCCUACGACUGCGAACCUCCCGAGGAUAUACAUGAAGCGCUGGAGAAGAUCGUUGGCAUGCUUGCCAUCUGCAUCAAGUCGCGCAGCUGGAACAACCUCUCCUCGUGGGAUGGACUACUGCAGUGUUGGAUGUUGCUGCGCUACCCUCUCUCAAAGAGCAUACGCGCUAAGCUCGUCAAGCUCUACUUUGAACUAUGCCUCGUCCCAGGAAUCGACGCUCGCACCAUCCGUAGCUGGGCUGACAUGCUCUCCCGCAUCCUCGGCAAGUCGUCCGUCAAGCCCAAGCUCAGCCCCGAGGAUCUGCAGCUCCCCUGGAAGCCGCUCUGGCUCUGCCUAAAGAAGGAGAUCUGGCCGCAGGAGCGGACGCAGGAUCCCAAUCGGAAUCUUAUCAACAUACUGUUGUACGUCGCCGAGAAAUGCAAUGCAUACUAUGAUCCCAAUGAGAUCCCUGCGAUGCUUGAGGAGUUCCUCUCGCGCAUCACUUCUGAGUCCAUCCUCACCAUCGUGCCCGUUAUCACCUCCUUCCUGCCGCGGAGGCACAUUGAGCAGUAUAUGCCAUUGAUCUUCAAGCUUUGGGAAGCGUUCAAUUCAUCCGUAUUGGACGAUCGCUUCCUCGAGUUAGCGAGCGAGCUGUCUGAGCGCCACGUCGCUGGGUCGGCAGGUCCAGAAGGCGGCGCUCCUUGGAAGGACAUCGGCAUCUGGACCGAGGAUGAAUGGAACUUGCUCAUCGGAAAGGGAUUUGGGUCCUUGAAUGUGCCCGUCGGCACUGGGAAGUUCACACUCGCCACUUCCACCCACGCCGAUAUACUGACUAGGCCUUCGCGGAUCAAGAAGACUAUCAGUCGACCUACCGCCCUGGCGAAGCUGCUUGUGUACUCCAUGGCCGUCGACGGUCCUGUGAGACCGAACACGCCCGUCAGAGGUGCUCAGCAGCAAGGGUAUCCUGCGGGCUGUAAGGCCCUUGAGACUCUCGAACGUCUGGUAACCUGCACGGAAACCUUCUUCCAUCCGUCGAACACUGGGCCGUGGACGCCAGUCCUUGCCACCCUUCUGCACCACCUCACCACUGAGUUCAUCCAACGCUGGAAGGAAGAGGAGCUCCCCGAAUGCGACACGCCCGUCGGGCAGCGCCUCACGCCUGCCAUCCGCAAGUCCUUCGUCCAGAUCCUCCGCACGCCCGCACUCCUCGGCAUGUUCUCCAAGGACUCGGGCUCGAUGAGCCACGCGCAGGGUUCAUUGCGCACGAUGGCGCUGCUGGAGCCUGGAAUUAUCAUGCCGGAACUGCUGGAACGCGCGUACAGCGGUCUGGAGGUGGUGAACGAGACGCAUCGGACGACGGCAGUGCUGAGUAUGCUGUCGGGGAUGGCGGUGCCUUUGGUGUCGCCUACGAUUUGGCCACCGGCGGUGAGGCAUCUGGUGCCAUUGUUGGAGUUGUCGGUGCCGGGUAUCGAUUUGAAUGACCCAGCGAAGACGGUCACCGCCGCCUUGUUCAUAGUAUCGGUUGUCCAGCACAUCAAGAUCGGUGAUUUGUCCGGCCAGCACUCGGGCAGCGUGAACCCGCUCGUAGGCGAUGGUCCUGCCGAUGGCAUGAUGGACGUCGACACCAUUGAACUCCCCGAAGGCACCGAGCCCGGCGACACGCCCUCCUUCAGCCGCGAAGAAGAGCGCUCCCUCGUACGCGACAGCACCGCCAACUUCGCCGACUGGGUCACCUCCCUCCUCCGGCGCGUGCUCUCCCUCUUCGAGAACCUGCCCGAGGAGGGCGGCCGCGGAAACACCACCGGCGGCAAGUCCGAGGAGAGCGUGAUCAAGUCCGUGAAGUCGAUGAUGGACAUCGUUGCGCUGCACCUCUCGGACGAGCUCUUCGACCUCGUGCUGCGCAUCGUGCACGAGUACGGGGUGACGAAUGCGAAGUCGAACGCAGUGCGCGCGUUUGGGCAGUUGGUGGCGAGUCUGGCGCGGGCACAUCCGAAUAAGACGAUCAAGAAGUUCUUUGCGCACUGUAGUGAGCAGAUUGUGGAAGAGCUGGAGCAUGGGGCGAGCAGUGUGCGGACGACGAGCUCGCAUGCGGCGGUGCCGAGCGACACGACGUUGCACUGGAACAUCAGCAUAUUGCGAGGAUGCCUUGGCUACGGCGGUCCCGCGAUGCUUCCAUACCGCAAGGACAUCGUGCAGCUACUCAAGGUCUUGAUUGACAGGACCUUCAGUGAGCGAGGCUACACUGGCACAGGUCGCCUCAUCUCCCGCAUCCUUCAUACCGUCAGCGCCGUGUACCCCUACGACAGUCGCUUCGUCAAUCAGGACCUGUGGGAUAGUGAAGAGUUCGAGCGCAACCACGACCAGUAUUGGGGCAAAUCAUAUGAGGUGGAAGACGUCAAGCUCGAUUGGCACGUGCCAACGGCGGAAGAGAUCGACUUCGUUCUCGAGAUAAUCGACGAAAUCGCCGUACCGACCAUGGCGCGCCUGGAGGCUCUCCUCGACAAACCCCACUGGGACAGCGCCGACCGCAACGACUUCUGCCGCUACCUCAUCGCUGUUCGGUCCGUCUGGUCUGGUCUCCCUACCUUUUUGAAGGAGCAACCCAAGACCGUGCCCAACCCUUGCAUUUUAGAGGACAUGGAAAGCAUGGACCUCAUCGUCAAGCCCAUCGAGGUCGAGGCGGGCUUCACGCUGUCGGAUCCAAAGGACCCGCGCUACCAGAAGGCCGCGGCUGCGCGCGAGCGCUUCGGCGAAUUGUGUGCUCGCGCGUCGACGGUGUUGAAGCAGAACAAGGAGGGUGAGGACCAUAUUGACGCGAUGUUGGGUGUGGUCUCGGCGAUGGACGUGUACUUGUUGGACUACGGUAUUUUGCGUCGCUCUUUUGACUCGCUCGAGAAGAACUUCGUGCAGGCGAGGAACGUCAACCGCUCGUGGCCAAAGGAGAGGAAGAACUCCCGCGUCGUGUUCGUGAAGAGGGCGCAUGUCUACCACAGUGGACGCGUAUAUCUCAACUCCCUCUACCGUCGGCGGUCUGCAUUGGAUGACAAGGUCCUCCUGGAACUGGUCCAACUAUCACUGUCUCCGUAUACUCGCAUCAGGAGGCAUGCACAAUCCGUGUUGCACAGCGCCUUCGGGUACUUCGUCCGAUCGACGCGUAUCGCUCUCGGACCGCUCUUCGACGCACUUGGGAAGGGCAACGAUCCUGACCGAAUGAAGGGCGCACUAUACAGCCUGUCCAACAAGUCAACUGCUGCAUUUGCCUUCAUCGACCCCGUCUAUUACCCCAAGUUCAUUUUGUCGCUCCUCGACUGCCAACACGAGGAGAAGCCCUCGGUUCAGAAGCUGGUAACACAAAUUGCAUCUGACUUCUUGCCUUACAUCUCCGAGGAAGUCACCCCGGCCUGGGACGUCUGCGAUGUUCUCGGGGUGGAUGGCGCGGUCAAUGAACUUGUGUCGGAAUUCUCUUCCGGGUGCGUGGACGAGGGGCUGAGCCGUCUUGCGCGCGAGAAGGCCGGCGGUCGUGUCAAGCGAUGGCAGAAGAUGCAUGACGAGUUGGUCACGUCGAUCUUAAGCAUCGCAGGCAAGCCCACGACACACUGGCGAUACGUGUUACUGGCGGCACGAUUCCUUUUCAACCUCAUUCGCCGUGAUGUAGCUACUGCACCCGAAUUGGCUGCUUUCUUCGCGCGGGAGACCUUGAGUCCUCAGCCGACCAUACGAACGGUUGCGCAGCGCGGUAUAAUACGAUGCGCGACGUUCAUCAAGAUGCGUACAUACUGCGCGUCCCGUGAGGCGCUCUGGAUGGAGGAUGUACGGAACCCUCUUACAACCCAGAUUCCGGUCAAGGACCCCCAAGUUCUUCUGAGAGAUCUGCAAGUGCCAUUAGAGCAGUUCAGCGAGAGUUCAUACUUCGUCGACAAGCUGGACACUGGAUUCUUACUAUGGACGCCGACGGUGAAGGGUUACAAGCCUAUCUUGGACCCUAACUACGUACCACAAUGGGAGGAGGCGUCACAACCGUGCUUGCAGGCCAUCAGGGACGUCGUCACUGCGAAGGGUUAUUUGUCCAGGCUUGCGGCGCUUUGGAGCCAAGAAAGCAGCCGUACGAACGUGCUGACGGAAUUCCGCUCGGAUAACUUCUCGUAUAUUCGUAGUAUCGCGAAGGUCCUUCAGCACGCUUUCCUUGACGACUUCUUUGACGUCGUGGACCCACUCGUCACAGACGCGGACAAGUUCAAGCAGCGUGCUGGGGCAGAGAUGUUAUCUGGUCUUCUCAGAGGCUCAAAGAACUGGCCCCUCCCCAUCACCAAUCAGAUAUGGGACUGGGUCCUCGCUCGUAUGGACAAGAUCUUCGCCCAGAUCAAGCCCGACACAGUGAUAACUUGGGAGACCCUGAUUUCCUUCCAGCUAUCUGAUUGUGAUCCAAGGAGGCAUGGGCGGCUCAUCCAGUGGAUACUCGACCUUCCGCUCGAGUUUAAUGGGGAUUCGGCGUUCCAGAUGAGCAAGUCGCUGUCGAUGUUCGGCAUUCUGGUAGCCUCGUUGGGCGUCCGCUCGAACCCCUGGGCGGACAAGUACGUCGAGCUAUUCUUCCAGAACUCGGGCACCGCGUAUGCAGAGAUUCGGAACCACCUCACGCAAACACUGUAUUCGUUUAUGAAGAACCAGUGGCAACCGUACCAUCCCUCUAUCCAUGCACUUCUAGAGAGCUGUAGGACCCAGCAAGAUCCGCUGCAGACCCGCAACGCCGGGUUCAUGCCCUACAUCCAGGCGAUUCUCGACAAAUUACCUCAAUGGAGGCAAGAGCGGUUACCACCUCCACGGACGAGUCUGUCAGAGUAUGACCGAGUCAGCCUGACCUUGCUAUCGUGGGCAUGGAUCGUUGCACACAGCAGCAAUGCGCCGCUGCUGUACCCAUACGCGGUCAGCAUGAUGCCCGAGAUCAUCAGCAUGGCGGAAUUGCAGGACAACCCCGAGCUACAGCGAUACAGCAACGCCGUCCUCUUCGUCCUCGCCGGAAACGUCCCACCUGCCGAGCAAGUCGAGAUCAUCCUUGACAACUUCGUCACCGCGAUCAAGUCGUCUACGUCCUGGCGCAUCCGCCAAUCCGCCAUGCCCACCCUCGUCGUCUACUUCUACCGCAACAUGAUGUCCAUCUCGCCCGCGGGCGUCAAGCGCACCAUGUCCGCUGUCCUCGACUGCCUCGCGGACGAGAACGUGGAGGUGCGGGAGAUGGCGAGCAAGGCGCUCUCCGGCAUCGUGCGCUCGUCGCAGAGGCAGAGCAUCAUCCCGCUGAAGAACCGCUUCAUCAUCCUUGCUAAGUCGACCGACUUGCCCUCGCGGCAGGAUCCCGGAUAUGCGGAGGCGCUGAGGAAGCUGCACUCGGCGAUUUUGGGCUUGUGUGCACUCAUUCAGAGCGCACCGUAUACGGUUGAGCCCUGGAUGCCGCCUCUGACCGAUGUCCUCGCGUCGCACGCCACGGACCCACCACCCAUCUCGACAACGAUUCGCAAGACGGCGGGUGAUUUCAAGAAGACCCACCAAGACACCUGGCACACCGACCAGAAAGCCUUCGACGAGGACCAGCUGCAGAACUUGUCAACUAUGUUGGUCGGGACGUCGUAUUAUGCUUGAGGAGUGCGUUGUUUGGGCGCUUGAGUGCGUUGAUGGUAUGCUUGAGGAGUAUGUCGAUGGUAUGCUCAAAGACGCACACGAAGACAACCCGUACUUGCUUUGGAUCUACGGCCAUAGUAUCGAUAUGUUUUGAGUACACGAAGCGGACGAAAGAAAUCUGUACGAGUAGUAUAUACGCCAAGAAUGUCACUGCUAUCGUUGCUUGCUUU